AUGUGGUGUCUUGAAUGGCAAUUGGCGAUUUUCUUCUGCAUUAUGAAAAUCAGACGACAUGAAACGGGCGGUUCGGAGAAAAAGCCGAGCCAGCCGGCGCUCAUCAACCUCCUAAACGGUAUCGGCCCGAGCAGAGGAGCUGGUCUCGUCUUGCGUCACACACCACUCGUGGACAACGCAAAAAGCACCGACUCGCAGGAGGAACGCGCCGCUCCCAUUGCACAAACACUCUCUUACUUCGAUGUGUUACUACCUCAUGUACAGAUGGCAUCUGCAAAUCCGUUCCUCACCGGACUUUCCGACUCGCCAUCUAGCCACAAUCGACUUUGGUCGCAGCAAUGGAUCGAACUACUUCAGCAGGCUAAUUCCUCCCAAUUCGGAGAAGUUGCGGCCGGAUUAUUCUUGCAACCGUUUCGGAAAAGCAAACGAAUUCGUACCGCAUUUUCGCCGUCACAGCUUCUGCAGCUAGAGAGGGCGUUCGAGGGAAAUCACUAUGUGGUUGGUACUGAGAGGAAACAACUCGCAAACCGACUAGCACUUUCGGAAACACAGGUCAAAGUCUGGUUCCAAAAUCGACGAACGAAGCAUAAACGAGUGCGAGUCGAGUGCGAGCAGCGGUCGCAGUCAAAUUCACCGCAACCGCGAGAAGAUGACGAAGACCAUCAGAAUCCAGGAGUUCCGAAUGUAGAAUAUGACUACUAG